AUGUUGUUCGGAAUCUUCUUCGCCUUCUGGCGCUUCAUGGAAAUCAUCACCUUGAUUCCCACCCUCGGCAUGCUCGCCUACUUCGUCCACAUCUACGCCUCCAACAACGCCCUCACCCCCAACUACAUCCUCGUCCUCUUCAUCGUCUCCGUCCUCGCCGCCGCCUGGGCCCUCUGCACCCUCUUCACCUACCACCGCUCGAAAUCCAACUCCCUCUUCGUUGCCUUCAUCGACCUCUGCUUCAUCGGGGCCCUGAUCGCGGGAGUCUACGAGCUGCGCGGCAUCUCGCACCAGAACUGCACACAUGUCACCGCGGGCGAUAGCUACCAGAUCUCGUUCGGGUACCUGGGCUCGGCGACCGUGAACGGACUGCAUUUUUCGGCCAACAAACAGUGUAGUAUGCUCAAGGCGUGCUUUGCUUUUGGGAUUAUGAAUUGCAUUUUCUUUGCUUUUACGAGUGCGUUGGCGUUCUUCCACCAGGGUGGGAGGAGAGAUGAUCGUAGGGAUACUACUUAUGUCCGUGAAACUCAUGUUUCUAGACAUGGACAUAGAAGGAGUGGAUCGCAUCGUUCGCACAGGAGCUCGCAUUCGGGCAGGAGACAUGCUUACGUGUAG